UCUGCGAUCUCACCGCAAUUCUUCAGGGCGAUAGGCCCGCUUGGCGUUGUUGGGGGCCGAGAGGGCUUGGAUAGCCUUUGCGGGAGGAUUACGGCGAUAUUGCACUCGGGCCUUGAAUCUGGGGAGGAAGGGGCGUGACGUAGGCAAGGGAAGGAGGUGAGAUGUUGACCAACAUAACACGAGGCUGAUACCGCUGCCUAUUCUACGCUUCAACCGAUUUCGUACUUUCACACUCUCAAUAGUGUCCUGGUCCCAAAUCUCCAAGCCAUCCUUACUACUUCUCCUCAAUAAACACUCCGAGUCAGCUAUUCCAUCAAGACCAAAAUGGCACGGAAGAAUAGCCCAGAGUUCGAGUGCAUCGUUGCGCACUACAAUGAAGAGCUGUCCUGGCUCGAGGAGCUCGCUCCCGACACCAUCAUCUACUCGAAAGGCAAUACACCAGCUUCAGGUAGCUGGAAAGAAGUCCGCACGCUGCCUAACAUCGGCCGUGAAGCACACACCUAUCUCCACCACCUCGUCACCUACUACGACAGCAUCGCCGACGUGACUCUCUUCGUGCAAGGCGACGCCUACAACCCAGACGGCCGCACCCCUCCGCACAGCACUGUCCCCGUGCCUGAAAUGAAGUCGCGAUCAAUCAAUAGCAAUUCCACCUCCGGCUUCACGUGCUUCACGCCCGUCGUCCCCAACUUCGACCAAUGGUCCGGGCUUCCCUGGGAAACCGACCCCAAGUUCCGGUGGUGGUUCCACAAGAACGGCAAGACGAUGCUGCGCGCACAGCUGACCCCCGCCGAGUUCUGGACUGAGUACAUCGGCGGCCCGCAUCCAGAGUCUGUGUGGUUUGCAAGCGGUGCCUUCUUUGGCGUCACCCGCGAGACGGUUCAGGCGCGGCCGAAGAGCUUCUACGAGAAGCUACUUAAGGCAUUUACGGAUGCAAACCACCGUAAUCCAGAGUACGGCCACUAUGUCGAGCGACUAUGGGGAUCCAUCUUCUUGGACCAUGAGGGCGCGCUGGAGAGUCGACGUGGCAGUGUGGGGAGCGACUCUGACGAUGCGAGCCGCACGAGUCAGGACUCGGACGUGUUGAGGAGCAGGACGGAGAUCUUGCUGGAUAUUGCGGAGACGUUGCCGCCGCUGCCGUUCACGCAGGAGGACUUUGCGAAGAAGCGAGAGGCCUGGAUGAAGGAGGAGACAGAGGCGGUAGCAGUAGCUUGAUCGAGGGAUGGGUGGCUUUCUUUGAUGUUUUCGGAUCACGACUUUUGAGAUACCUUUUUCCUUCACUUUGCUCCUAUCAAAUAGAUUCAGGAACGUUGACCGCUUCCUUGCUCGAAUGAAUCCAAU